AUGGAGGGGCUGGGACGGCAAGUCAGCGUUGACGAUGGCGGCGACGCGGAGGACAGCAGUGGCUGGUCGUUCCAUAGGAUAAGAGAACGACGCACGGCGAUGGCAACCAGAUCUAGUUGGCCUGUCGAGACCGGGAUCGGGGCUUCACGAAGGGGCGUGCUAAGCGGUGGCAGCCAGGGUUUCGGGCGGAAAAGUAAAGAAGUUUUUUCCAACACCCGCCACUUCCACCACGUUGAGUUGUGGUGCACCGACGCCACCAGAGCCUCUCGCCGCUUCUCUUGGGGCCUUGGCAUGCCCGUUGUCGCAAAGUCCAACCUCUCCACUGGCAACAACACUCAUGCCUCCUAUCUCUGAAGCUCCAACGACCUCUGCCUCCUCUUCAUUGCUCCCUAUUGCCCAUCCAUUGCCACCUCUGGCGGCCUCCAACCCUCCUCCAUAGCAUCCCUCCCCUCAUUUUCCUAUUCCGCCUGUGUCACCUUUGCUACCAAGCACGGGCUAGGCGUCCGUGCCGUCGAGGUUGAGGUUGAGGAUGCCGCUACUGCCUUCCACAUUAGCAUCACCUAUGGUGCAAGGCCGGUCUCCCCGCCGGUCAUCCUCGAUAGUGCCGCCACCAUCGCUGAGGUCCACCUUUAUGGUCACGUUGUUUUCCGCUAUGUUAGCUACAAAACCCAGGCUUCCAAUCGCAACAACUCCUCUCCAAACUCCUAGUUCUUGCCUCGGUUCAAGCCGUUGGACGAGGUCUCCUCCUUCCCGCUAGACUUUGGAAUCCAGAGGCUCGACCAUGCCGUCGGGAGUGUCCAUAAGCUCAGUCCGGUGGUCUCGUACUAGAAGAGGUUCACCGGCUUCCAUGAGUUUGCUAAGUUCACCGAGGACGACAUUGGGACUGAGGAGAGUGGGCUUAACUCGAUCACGCUGGCGAACAACGAUGAGACGGUCCUCCUGCCAAUGACCAAGCCAGUGUUCGAGACGAAGAGGAGGAGCCCAAUCCAAACAUACCUGGAGCACAACGAGGGCCCGGGGGUGCAGCAUCUGGCGCUGAUGAGCGAGGACAUCUUCUGGACGCUGAAGGAGAUGAGGAUGCAGAGCGCCGUUGGUGGGUUCGAGUUCAUGCCACCGCCACCGCCCACGUAUUACCGAAACCCAAAGGGCCAAGCAAGGGACGUGUUGACGGACGAGAAGAUCAAGGAGUGCGAGGAGCUGGGGAUUAUGGUGGACAGGGAUGACAAGGAUGGGACACUGCUCCAGAUAUUCACUAAGCCUGUGGGUGAUAGGCCAACCAUAUUCAUAGAGAUCAUACAGAGAGUGGGGUGCAUGCUCACAGACGAUCACGGAAAAUUGUACCAGAAGGGCGCGUGCGGAGGGUUUGGGAAGGGCAACUUCUCGGAGCUCUUCAAGUCCCUUGAGGAGUAUGAGAAGACGUUCGACGCCCAACGAGUUGCUGCACUGGCCUCUGCCUGAUUGGACGCCUUUGGCCAUUCGUUUCCUUAAGUCUGGGUUUCUAAUAGAAGAUAGCAUGUCACCGUGCGUCUGAGUGCUAAGUAAGUAAGUAUGAUGGAAUAAAAGUU